AGUGGUGGACAUGUGGUGCAUGAAAAACAAAUGAAACGUGCUUUACGCAUUUCUUGCAUGGUGUUCCAACGGGGUGCUCGCCAGCCGUGUUUCGUGUGCUUCGCGCUCUAUGAUACAGUCUGCCUGUGACAUUAAUCUAUAUACGUGAGCUUUAUCAAACAACAUUUUGUGAUAUUGACAUUUUUAUUUUUCAAUAGCACUUGAAAAUGGGGAAGUUAAGCGUAGCAAUGCUUAGAUACUUGACGAAAGAAGAUUUUCGAAUUCUCACAGCUAUUGAGAUGGGAAUGAAGAAUCAUGAGUUGGUCCCGGGUUCUCUUGCCGCAUCUAUUGCCAAUCUGCGUCAUGGAGGUGUACAUAAACUGCUGAAAGAAUUGUGUAAACAUAAGCUUCUGAGUUACGAAAGAGGAAAACAUUAUGAUGGGUUCAGAUUGACAAAUGCAGGUUAUGACUACCUUGCUUUGAAGACUCUUGCAGCAAAAAAUAUAGUUGCUGGUUUUGGCAAUCAAAUUGGUGUUGGUAAAGAGUCCAAUAUAUAUAUUGUGAAUAAUGAAGAAGGGGAAUUAUUAUGCCUAAAAUUACAUAGGUUGGGCCGUACCUGUUUUCGCAACUUGAGAGAAAAACGAGAUUACCACAAACAUCGCAGACAAAUGUCAUGGUUAUAUCUUUCUCGCAUAUCUGCUACUAAAGAAUUUGCAUAUAUGAAAGCUUUGAGGGAUAGGGACUUUCCUGUUCCUAAGCCAAUAGAUUUUAACAGACAUUGUGUUGUAAUGGAGUUGGUUCAAGGGUAUCCCUUAUGUCAGGUACAUGAUGUGAAGGAUGUUGAAGCAUUGUAUGAUGAACUAAUGAAUCUUAUCGUGCGUCUGGGAAAUUAUGGUGUCAUACAUGGAGACUUCAAUGAAUUUAAUAUUAUGCUUACUGAUGAAGAUAAACCAGUAAUUAUUGAUUUUCCCCAAAUGGUAUCCACGUCACACCUUAAUGCGGAAAUGUAUUUUAACAGAGAUGUUAAUUGUAUUAGAGAUUUCUUCAGAAGAAGAUUUGGCUAUGAAAGUGAAUCAUUUCCUACUUUUAAUGACAUUAUGAGAGAAGAUGCUCUAGAUGUAGAAGUUUCUGCUAGUGGAUUCACUCGGGAAAUGGAAAAAGAUCUGUUUGUGGAAAUGGGUAUAGAAGAGGAAGUCGAAACAGAGGACGAACUAACUGAAGAGAGGUCACAUUUGGCUAAUGAUGACAUUGAAAUGCUUCGGCAAGAGGUUGAAAGAAUGGUCUGUGCAGAAUAUGAAUGUAAGGAUUUAAAGAAACAAAUACAUUUUCAAAACGAUGAGCUUGUGAAGUAUGAUGAAGAUAAUGUGUCAGAAGAAAUACAUGUAAAUAAAGAAGUUAAAAGCAGUGAAAAGGUAUAUUUGGAUUCCAAACAUAAAGAAUACAAUUGUUCUGAAAGCUUAGAUACUAAUUCCAAAGACCGAAAAUGCGAUGAAGAAUGUAAUGAAGAAACGGCUGAUGAAGAUUGCAUGUCUGUAUCAGGUUUUAGUUAUUCAGACACCCGUAGUGUUUGCAGCACAAUACCACCUUCAGCUGUGAAAGCACAAGUUAAAAAGAUGUUGGAACGUAGAGAGAAAAAAUUAGAACAUCGCCGAAUAAUAGUAAAGGGAGAAGCUAGUGCCACCACCAGACGUCGAAGAGACAAUAAGGAAACAAUCAGAGAAAGUAGUGGUGUGUGGGGUUGGGAAUGACUUCUAAAUAUAGAAGGGCAUUUUUUUCACAUAACUGCUAUCCAUGAUGGUUAUUUAUGUAAUAUAAAUGGAAAUGUUCAAUUUUUGAUUGUAUGAUACUGUUACUUUCAUUCUAAAUAAACCAUUGGUUCUAACUUUGCUCUUGACAUGUAUGCAGAUACUUAGCAUUGUUGUUCUCCAUUCAUUGACAUCUUCCACCAUUUAAAUCUAUUUUCAUCUCAACUACCUUGCUUUUCCACCAGAAUGUUUAAUUAGAACUUUGAACAUGCUUUGCAUGUCUUUUCUUAAUAUGUAUGUCAACUGAACUAUUCUGAAAAACUUCAAUGAAGGGCUGAUAAGACAUUUCAAGAUAGGAAAAUCAGCUUCGUUAAUUGAAAGGUUCUACUGACUAAAAAUAAACUUAAAUUUUUAAAAUAUACAAUAAGUAGAGGUAAUAAUAUAAUAACAAAGUAUUAGACAAUAGAAAUCAUACAAAUUUACAAUGAAAAUAUCAAAAAAUAAUGUCUACAUUAAUAACAACUUAUGUAUUUCAUGUAUUGUAGUUAAAUUAUUUCUUUUUAUAUUUAAAUACAAUAGUAUCGCAUUGAAAUUCGCAUAAUCUAUAUGGGCUAAUUUCAGUUACAUAAUUUUU